AUGAGCGAUCUCCGAGAUUCGCGGAGAGACGCCAGCGUUUUCCGCGGAUCGUUCGUUCCCCUCGUCCUCCACAUCCCCCUCGCGCUCAUCCUCUGCGCCGCUGUUCUUCCGCGCGCCUGCGGCGAUGACCCCACGUCAUGUUCCGCCAGUCAUUCUCCCCCCCAUUCCCCUGCGCGAGGCACCUGUUCUGCCUCUACUGAUGCUGACGGCUUCCCCCGCUAUGCUGCGCCGGUGGGGGAAGCGCCAGCGGGAGAAGCGCCAGUAAAGGAAGUGCAUGUGGGCGGAAAACCAGUCGGCGGAGAAGCGAGGAUUGGCGGAGCGGAAGGAGAUCCAGGGGAACGGUGUGGGAGCAGUGGAGGGGGGAGCGGAAGGGAGAUGGAGGAAGAGUUUGAUUGGCUGUUGGAUGAUGCUGACGAGGACGCGGAUGGG